AUGACGGGCGAACGAGAAACACAAAACGAUCUGAAACAUUUCAGCAAAAUUUUGUCCGGAGUCAUACGGAGAUUCCCAUCUGAGGCCGAGGUACCUGUGUGGUUCGAGGCUGUGGAGACUACCUUCGAGACGUAUGGCGUGCCAAGGGCUAUAUGGGGCCAGCUAGUGUUCCCGCAUGUGGUGGAGCGAGUAAGGUACCUAGCUACCCGGCUCUCCGCGGCCGAGCUCAACGAUUAUGAUCGGGUAAAAGAUACCGUUCUCGAGGAGUUGCAGCUCGCGCCCGGGGAGUAUCUAAAGCGUUUUCUUAGCGCCGCCAAAGGAAAAGAGGAGGCGUGGAUGCCGUUUGCUACACGGCUGCGAAGCUAUCUCCACUUCUAUGUGGAAGCGAGGGAAAUUAAGACCAAGGACGACCUGAUCGACCUUUUAGUAGCCGACCAGGUAAAGGCCAGAAUGACGCCUGAAGCGCUGAGCUACGUCACUCUAAAAGAGGACACGAACUGGCACAGGGCGCAUGAGCUGGCCAAAUUGAUGAGGGUAUUUGAGCAGGCCGAAGAAGGCGACAGACUCACCGCCCGGGUCGUCAGGGAGCCGCACUCGUUGCCGCCCAGCGGUCUCGUGAACACCAGACUAGCUUGUGGAGGACGCAUGCUCAACGCUAUUGUCGACACAGGGGCAGAUAUAACCGUGGUAAGGGAGUCUCUGGUCCCUGAGGAGUUGAGGAGCCCUUCCGGGAAGAUUCAGCUCAAAUCUGCUUUCGGAGAGUCGGUGGAGGCGCGUCUGGUAGUGUUGCCGUUGACUAUGCACAGCUUGAAUUCGGUCCUCGCCGACGUAAACGAGGCGGUGCCGACUCUUUGUGCGCUGACCGACCGACUUAUUUCGCGGACCGAUUGCCUACUUUCCGGAGAAGCGUGGGAGCUGCUGCAAAAAUCGGAAAGCUCGAACGCACCGAUCGGAGCAAUCGCGGCCGUCGCGGCGGGGGAAACAGAACAGCUCGCGACGUCCACUCCUCCGCCGGAGUCCGUAGAGGGGUUGGAGACCAGUGUCCAGACUUGCGAGGAAGAGGGCGCCAGCAACGCCCGUAGGGAAUCGAGUCCUUCGGACGCAGCGGAGAUCGAAACAGAUGACGGGCUCUCGGAGCGAUCAAAGUUCCGAGAGCAGCAGCUAAAAGACCCUACUCUGAAAGAGGCCUGGGAAAACGGGCGCAGGAAACGGAGCGGCAUGCUGAUUAAAGACGGGUUGCUCUUUCAUCGGGACAGGUUGUUGGGGCAAAACGUCCACCAGUUGGUACUGCCGGCUCAGCGGAGACCCGAGGUGAUGGGAUUGGCACAUGAGUCAUGCUGGGGCGGACAUCUGGGUUUCAGAAAGACGAAAGCGCGGGUCAAGUACGCUUUCUACUGGCCGGGGAUAGAGAGGGACAUUAGGGAGCACUGCUCGAGCUGCCAUGGUUGCCAGGUUAGAUCCGACCUGAGGCAGACAGACCGCGUUCCUAUCACCCCACUGACGAGACCCGAGUUUCCUUUCCAAACGGUAAACAUCGACGUAAUCGGACCACUUGACACGCCGUCAGCUAGAGGCCACAGGUACGCGCUUUGCGUUAUUGACUUGUGCACACGCUGGCCAGAAGUGGUGUGCUUGCGGUCGCUGUCGGCGAAGGCAACCUGCGAGGCGCUGUUGACCAUCUUCAGCAGGACAGGAAUACCAAGCGUCAUAUGUUCCGACUGUGGCACUAACUUUACGGCCCAGCUCACGAGAGAGUUUCUCGCUCGCCUCGGCUGCAGCCCUCGGUUUUCGACACCUGACCACCCCGAGAGCAACGGCGCCGUCGAGCGCUGGAACAGGGUGUUUAAAAACAUGCUGUUCCAUGUCAUCGAAAAGGAGGGCCGUGGCUGGGACAGGUUCGUACCUUUCCUGCUGUGGGCAUACCGUGAGGUGCCGCACGACACAACUGGUGUGUCGCCCUUCCAGAUGCUGUACGGCCGAAGCCCCACUGGCCCGUUGACAGUGUUGCAGCAGUCUUGGACGGGCGACAUUCCGAUCCCGGUAACACUAAGGGAGUCACCUGCAGAGUACCUGCGGAACCUAAAGGGUCAAAUCGAGCGCGCCGCAGAGGAGGCCGAGCUGACGGCGCCGGCCCGGCAGAACGCGUAUGCGACGCAGCAUAACAAACGGGCCUCCCCGAAGGCGUUUGGGGUGGGCGAAAAGGUGUUAGUGUUCGACUUGGACCGACCGGGUAAGAUGUAUCCGAAAUGGAUAGGGCCGUGCGACGUCCGAGCGAAAUUUCGAGACCAGUCGUACUACGUGGACAUGCCGGACGGUAAGCACAGACUGGUGCAUGCCAACAAGCUGCGGCCCUACACCUGUCGCGUUCAGAGCAUUGGUGUUGUAUUCCAGGAAGAUGGCGACUUCGGAGAUAUAGAGUGCACCCCGCGAAGCAUGAGCAUCUGUCCUGCGAUGCGACUGCCGGAGUCGGAUCGCAGAAGUGGGAGAACACCACAUUAG